AUGUUUUGUUCAUCUUUUACAGCUUAUAAAAUGAAUCCCAAUCCAGUUUUACAACUUGAAUUGUACGAUCCGCCAAACAAUCUAAGCAUACCAAUUAAUUCAACUCUAUAUUUAAGAUGUCAGGUUCCUGUUGAACCCAAACAAACUGAUAGUAUCUAUGUAAUAUGGAGAUUUCGACAUUCACACAAAGAUCCGGCACCAAAUAUUUGGAGUUUCAUUCACAAGGAUGAUGAUUUAGCCAGAUGUCCGGAACCACCUAACAAAUGUGAAUUCGUUAAUCAGUACAGUGUAUUUAAUAAAUUCAAUCAAUCGCCUUUUAAUAACCCAAUUGCAACUAAUAAAUUGUCUGCAACAAAUGAUAUUGAACUUAUUCAAAGAAGGCAGUUAUUUACACUUACAUUAACUAAUUUACAAUCAGAUAUGAAUGGAUUAUUUCAGUGUCAGACUUUAGUAAAUUUAGAUGCAUAUGAUAAACGUGGAUACUUAAAUAUUCUAGCUCCUCCACAGCAUCCUUUGGAAAUAGUAAGAAUCGAUGAUACUAUGCCACCAGAUACUGAAAUAUUCAAUUAUUCAAAGAAUUUGGAAAAGACGUUUUCUAUUAUUAGUGGAAAAUUAUAUUAUUUCAGUUGCCUUAUCACUCAUGCUAAUCCCAAACCGGUUGUAGCCUGGUUUAUUCGAUAUUCUAACGGCGAGAUUCGGGAACUUGUUACAUUUGAUAAUUUAAAUUAUAGUAAACAAUUAUGGAAACCAUUUUCAAAUUAUGUGGAUACACAGACAUCUGAUAUUCUAACUCAUGAAGAUGAUGGUACAUUUUUAAAAUGUUCAGCUACAAAUUCUAUGGGUUUAGCAUCUUCUGAAGAAGUGAACUUAAAUAUUGAAUAUGUGCCAAUCAUAUAUCCUUUUGAAUCUAAUCCAAUACGUGUACUAGAAACUACCUCCUUUAAACAAGUAUGUAGGAUUAAAGCAAAUCCUGCAGCUCGAAUUCAUUGGGUCGAUGAAAAUCAAAAUGUGGUUUCAAAUAACUCUUUACUUGGUAUACAUUAUGUGAGCAGAAAUGGGCCAAAAAUAUACAAAUGUAUAGCUUCUAAUGUAAUCGGAGAAACUAAUCAAAAGUUGUUGAUUGAUGUAUUGUAUCCUCCUACUGUUCAUGUUCAGCCAAAAGUAACUGUUAAUGAAGGUGAAGCAUUAGAAAUAGCUUGUCGUGUUGAUGCAAAUCCAGUUGCUUCAUCAAUAUACUGGACUUAUAAUAAAUUUCCUGAUCAAACGAAUAUACGUGAUCAACCAAAUUUACAUUGGUUUCAAUCUAAGCGAAUAGAUGGUUCCGUCUUAAAAAUUCCUUAUACAUAUCCAUAUCAUUCAGGACAAUAUUAUUGUCAUGCAGACGCUGAGAUUUAUAUGCCACAAGAUCUAUGGUUAUCUCAAAAUUUAUCAACUUCCACUGAAGUAUGGUCUAUUUGGCAACAAAGAUCUAGAUCAUUUGCAGCAGUUAAUUUAACCAUAAACUACUCUCCUGGAAAACCUACUUUAACUGUAGUAUAUUCGACUAAUAAUAAAGGUGAAGAUUAUAUCAUAUUACGAUGUCAAGAAAAUUCUUCAGUACCUGGUCUACCACGUCCAACAAUUCAUUGGCUUCGUACAAUUGGAAUGAAUGAAAAAACUGAAAUUAUAAAUCAGUACUUUAAUUAUGAAUAUAAUGAACAGUUAAAAAGUUUUAUAAUUAAAUUAUAUAAUUUAAGUAUAUAUGAUUCUGGAAUCUAUAGUUGUUUUGUAAAAAAUGAACUUGGAUCAAGUCAAUUAGCAUCUGUAAAUGUUCUCAUUAAAAGUAAACCUGUUUUAAUAAAUAAACCAAAUGAAAAAAUGAUUCUUAAAUUUGAAAAUGUUCAUUUAUUAAAACAAAACACAACUCAUCAACAAGAUAACAUUGAAAAUUUCUUACAAUACACUAUACAUAUAAUUCCUGAUAAUAAUAAUAAUAAUAAUAUGAAUUGUACAUUUCUAUCCAGUUUAACAUCUGAUGUUCAAUGGUUAUUUCAAAGUGAUCAAACAAUAAAUGAUUUCAAUAAACAUAUAAUGAUUGAUCAAAAUCUAUUAAAACAAUGGACAAAUAAUUAUUUAAUUAAAAAUAAAUUUGGUUUAUGGAAAAUUGUAACAUCAUUAAAUUUUCAAUUCAAUUCAAUUAUAUUAUAUAUAAAGAAUUCAUUCAAUAAAAUAAUGAAUCAAUUAAAUCAUGAAUACCCUAAUCAAUUCAUUCCAUAUAAUUGGGAUUAUUAUGUAUUAAAACAAUUCAUUGAAUUUUUAAUUAUUCUUCAAUUUCAAGGUGAUUAUUUAUGUGAAUUAACAAAUUCAAUAGGAAUUGAACAUGGAUUAAUUAAUUUAAUGGUACAAAAAUCACCAAGUUCAAUUAUCAGCUUCAGUGAAGCAAUAUCAAUCUCUAUUAGCGAGCAAACCGCACAUCGGUAUAAUGAAAAUGAAAUCAAAUUACAUGGCCCACUGUUUUGUCAAUUCUAUGGUAAACCAGUUUUAAAUCAAAUCAAAUGGUGGAGAUAUACAGGAUUAAAUUAUCAUGAACAAAAUACGCCAAAUCAAUGGGAACUAAUUUAUAAAACUGAAAACUUUAACGAAUCCAUUCAUAUUGAAGAAACAUCUAGUCUACUAAUUAUCACCGGGAAUCCAGCAUUCAUCACUUCAUCUAGAUUUAAUUUCAAUAUGGAUGGAAGACAAUCAAGUUACGAGGUUCUUGUCCGCAACCUGGAAAAGAUGACUUAUAGAUUCACGAUGUUCACAAUGCUGUGGUUGAAGAAAUUUAAUCAUAAAGAUUAUGGAUAUUAUAAAUGUCAGUCAAAAAAUGAAAUAGGCAGUAUUUCUGAAAUUCGUCAAUUCCAGAAACCAACUUCUCCCCAGGCUAUCACUAAACUGUAUCAUAUUAAGUCCACGUGGACAUCGGCAACUAUAUUUUGGAAGCCAGGUGGAUAUCAUAGUUCAUCAGUGAAUAUGUCAUACCAAGAUCUCUUAAACAAUUCAGUCGAUGGAAUUCGAAACAAAAUUCAAAAUUCAUUAUCCAUUUGGCUUAAAAACAUUCAGGAUAUGCAACAAUAUUCUGUUACUUUGGAAGAUCAUGGAAUUACUUCUUUUUUAACGAAUGGAACCGAAUCACAUUUACUAGAUCCUUCCGAGUCACUGAACAACUCAGAUAACUUUAAUGGUCCAUUUUCAGUUCAUUCAAGUGACACUGACUUAUCAAAUAUCAAGGGGAGAAAGACCAACAAAAGAAAGAUAUUACAAAAUGAAUUUCUAAUAAAUACUGAAGGACAAAAUUACAUCAAUAUAAGCGGUUUAAUGCCAAAUCACCUUUAUACCGUGACAAUUUCAAGAAUAAAUAAACAUGGAAAGAGUAAACCAUCUAAGCCACUGGCUUUCAGAACAAAAUUUCUUCACCUUGAACUUCCCGGUCCUAUACAUUUAGAGGAAACGAAAGAACUAAUACAAUUUUCCAAAGGUAAUCCAGCUCUCUGUGCUCAAGUUGAAGUAGGUACCAUCAAUAAUGAUAGUAGUAGCAGUAGUAGUACGAGUACUACUACAUGGAAUUCAAUACAUUUUUCAUCAAAUUAUUCACCUUAUAUCAUUAUAAAUAAAAAUAUAUUCCAUUCUGAAACAAACAACCGAUAUAUAGAGUUAAGUAAUUGUAAACCAUUAUCAUGGGAUCACUAUACAGAAAUUCCAAUCACAUUACAAAAUAAAUUUCAUUUUCGAGCAAGAUAUUGUAUUUAUGGAUAUAGCACAAUGUGUACAGAAUAUAUCAAACCGAUCAAAGAUAUUUCAAUGCACAUAGUCAUUGUAGCUGCUCUACUGUGUAUUACAUUAGUAGUAUCAUUAAGUAGUAUGUUUGUUUAUCUUAUAUGCAAGCAUAUGAAAAAAGAUUACAUUUAGUUGAUAACAAUAAUAUCAAAAUAAAUCAAAUCAUCAACCUAAUCACCAUCCAACGUUUAUAUAAUAAUCAACAUAGUAUUUAUCAUAAAACUGAAUGAAUAUCAUUACUGCUUAUGAACUUAUUAAAUUUCAAGCAUUUGCUGGUUUAAUACAAUUGGCUAAUUAACUUGACCAGUUUAUUUUAGUAUUGAUGAAUGUGAUACGAAAUUGGACAACUUAUACAAUAAACUAAUGACUUCCUAGCAAAUCAGUUUACUAUGAAUUACGGUUGAAGGUUGAAAAAUAUUCCAUUCCUUUUGUGUAAAAAAAAUAUUAAUCGUCUUCAAUUGUUUUUUUUUGUUUUGUUUUGUAUCUUAACACAGAACGUCUUGUAUUUAUUACCUUUAAUUUCAUUAGCAAUAUUGAUGUCAUUUCAACGCGAGCUAAUUAGAGAUUAUGUUGUUAAUUUGAUAUGAUUUCAUAUUAAAAACAUUUGCUGAUGUCGA